UAAUCCUGCACAAGCCACAAACUAUACCAAUAUAUCCAACUGCAUUCGAACAUCAGUCGCAGAUGCGUCGUAUGCAUCCCAAAUUCGGUUAUGUAAUUUAUAGUGCAGCCGUGACAUUCAACUUUGAAGCUCGUAUUUACCGUCGAAUAAGCAUAAUUUUCUGUUGACGUAUCGUUCGAAAAGAUUAACGAACCACAGGCAUUGAAAUUUCUCGUUAAUCUAUUUACGUGCCGACUGCGGUGACAUUCAAGGGUUUUGCUGAUUAAAGCAAAUUAAGCACUUACGGCUACUUCGAAUUUUACCUGGCGGAGCCAGUAUAUAUAAUUAUAAGUAUAGUAUAGGUAUAGUGUUUGGUCAAUGACCGGUCGUACAUAAGUAUAGCAGAAGCAGCUUGCGCGUAACUAGAGCAAUAAGGUUUGAAAAGAAAUCGACGAAAAUGGAGAUCGAAUCGAAGAACAUAUUGCACAGUGGAUACUUCCAUCCCGUUUUGCGACAAUGGCAGGCACCGAACGUGGGCAUCACUGCGGAGAAUCUCAUGUUUCCCAUCUUCGUUCUAGACGAGCCUAACGCAGUCACGGAGAUUCAGAGUAUGCCAGGAGUCAACAGAUAUGGUAUCAAUAAGUUGAAAGGCUUGUUAGAACCACUAAUUGCAAAAGGGCUCAAGUCUAUUUUACUUUUCGGAGUUGCUAACAAUUUGCCAAAGGAUGAAAUUGCAAGUGCAGCCGAUAGUCCUGCAAAUCCGAUCAUUCAAGCACUGCCACUGUUAAGAAACUGGUUUCCAAGCCUAAUUAUUGCCUGUGAUGUUUGUCUGUGCCCUUACUCCAGUCAUGGACAUUGUGGAAUACUUAAUGAUGAUGGAACCAUUGAUAAUAAGCCAAGUAUCAAACGCAUAGCAGAUAUUGCUGUGGCAUAUGCCAAGGCUGGAGCUCACAUUGUUGCACCAUCCGACAUGAUGGAUGGUAGAAUAAAGGCUAUUAAACACGGUCUUGCUGCUGCUGGUUUAUCAAAUAAAGUAGCUGUUCUGUCUUAUUCAGUGAAAUUUGCCUCUGGCUUUUAUGGACCAUUUAGGGAUGCAUCAAAAUCAGCACCCAAAUUUGGUGAUAGGCAGUGUUAUCAGCUGCCUUCGGGUAGCAAUGGCUUAGCAGCCAGAGCAGCUGCAAGAGACAUCGAAGAAGGUGCCGACAUGCUGAUGGUGAAGCCCGGUCUAGCUUACUUAGACAUUGUCAAAGAGACAAAAAACGCACAUCCUGAAUAUCCGAUGUUCAUCUACCAGGUAUCCGGAGAAUACGCCAUGCUUUACCAUGGCGCGCAAAACGGCGCUAUCAAUUUGGAGGCUGUGCUCAAAGAGGUUCUUGUCUGUAUGAGAAGAGCAGGCGCGGACUGGCUAGUCGCAGCCAUUGCGGCUUCCAAGGAGGAAAAGAAGGACAAGGACGAUAUCGGAACCGUUAUCGGUAUCGACUUGGGAACCACUUACUCUUGUGUGGGUGUGUACAAGAAUGGUCGCGUGGAGAUCAUCGCAAACGACCAGGGUAACCGUAUCACCCCAUCAUACGUUGCCUUCACAGCUGACGGCGAGCGUCUCAUUGGAGAUGCUGCCAAGAACCAGCUGACCACCAACCCGGAGAACACCGUGUUCGACGCCAAGCGUCUCAUUGGUCGCGAAUGGACCGACGCUACCGUUCAGCACGAUGUCAAGUUCUUCCCGUUCAAAGUCAUCGAGAAGAACAGCAAGCCCCAUAUCAAGGUCUCCACCAGCCAGGGCGACAAAAUCUUCGCUCCUGAGGAAAUCUCUGCUAUGGUUCUUGGAAAGAUGAAGGAAACCGCGGAGGCUUACCUCGGUAAGAAGGUCACCCACGCCGUCGUCACCGUCCCUGCCUACUUCAACGACGCUCAGCGGCAAGCCACCAAGGAUGCCGGAAUCAUCUCCGGUCUCCAGGUGAUGAGGAUCAUCAACGAGCCCACCGCCGCCGCCAUCGCUUACGGUCUUGACAAGAAGGACGGAGAGAAGAACGUUCUCGUCUUCGACUUGGGUGGUGGUACCUUUGAUGUCAGUCUUCUGACCAUCGACAACGGAGUCUUCGAGGUCGUUGCCACCAACGGUGACACUCACUUGGGAGGUGAGGACUUUGACCAGCGUGUCAUGGAUCACUUCAUCAAGCUGUACAAGAAGAAGAAGGGCAAGGACAUCCGCAAAGACAACAGGGCCGUUCAGAAACUUCGUCGUGAGGUCGAGAAGGCGAAGAGAGCACUCAGUGCCAGCCAUCAGGUGAGGAUCGAAAUCGAAUCCUUCUUCGAGGGAGAAGACUUCUCCGAGACGCUGACCCGUGCCAAGUUCGAAGAGCUGAACAUGGAUCUCUUCAGAAGCACCAUGAAGCCCGUGCAAAAGGUCCUUGAAGACGCUGACAUGAGCAAGAAGGACGUCGACGAGAUCGUGCUCGUCGGAGGUUCCACUCGUAUUCCCAAAGUUCAGCAACUCGUUAAGGAGUUCUUCGGUGGCAAGGAGCCAUCCCGAGGUAUCAACCCUGACGAGGCUGUCGCUUACGGUGCCGCCGUUCAGGCCGGAGUCCUCUCUGGUGAACAAGACACUGAUGCCAUCGUUCUUCUUGACGUCAACCCUCUCACCAUGGGUAUUGAAACCGUUGGUGGAGUCAUGACCAAGCUCAUCCCCAGAAACACCGUCAUCCCCACCAAGAAGUCUCAGAUCUUCUCCACUGCCUCUGACAACCAGCACACCGUCACCAUCCAGGUCUACGAGGGUGAGCGCCCGAUGACCAAGGAUAACCAUCUUCUUGGAAAAUUCGACCUCACCGGAAUCCCACCGGCACCACGUGGCGUCCCCCAGAUCGAAGUCACCUUCGAGAUUGACGCCAACGGUAUCCUUCAAGUGUCCGCCGAGGACAAGGGAACUGGAAACCGGGAAAAGAUUGUCAUCACCAACGACCAGAACAGACUGACGCCUGAUGAUAUCGAGAGGAUGAUCAAAGACGCUGAGAAGUUCGCCGACGAAGACAAAAAACUCAAGGAGCGCGUCGAGGCGCGCAACGAGCUCGAAUCCUACGCCUACUCGCUGAAGAACCAGCUGCAGGACAAGGAAAAGCUUGGCUCGAAGGUCAGCGAUUCUGACAAGGCUAAGAUGGAGGAGGCCAUUGACGAGAAGAUCAAGUGGCUCGAGGAGAACCAGGACACCGACCCCGAGGAAUACAAGAAGCAGAAGAAAGAACUCAGCGACAUUGUUCAGCCUAUCAUCUCGAAACUGUACCAAGGCGCCGGCGGCGGCGUACCACCCACUGGUGGCGAGGAGUCCGAUGACGAUCUUAAGGACGAACUAUAAUCUAAGGCCGACCUUUAAAGGACCUUUAAAGGACACUUCAAACUCUAGACUGACAAAAAUCCGCUUCCUUUAGACAAAUGCUUUAGAGACUAAUACGGCACGUGCGGCGCGUGGUCGUCUCUGGGCUCCGGAACCCCUUCUGGGAAGAUUGUCUUUCUGGGAGAAGCCGACGCACACGUACGGGCUCGAAACACAGACCAACUCUACUCGUCGGCGACGAGAUGGUAACCGUUCAACGGCUGUGAUGAUGGUCUAUGCGUGUGUAACUUAUUACUCUGUAUCGUAUUUGCCACGAGGAACAUCAACAACAUACCGUUGCUCUUGUAUUAUGUCUGAUUGCCAGGCAAAUGGAAGACAAAAAACAGGAUUAACUAGAUAAAAGAAAAAUGACGUUGGAUGGGCCCCGCCGCGGGGAGAUUAUUAUACACCGAUCGUGGACUCUCUUCUGUUUGUAAUAAGACUCCGCGUGUCGUUAAUAUUUAUUUCGUUUUAUAUAUAUUAAUUUCAUUACAUGUAAUUCAAUAAGCAGUUGUACACUCGUUUGUUGAGUGAAUUGUAUGAGUGGAUUGCGUGAGACAGUGAAAAUUAAUGCAGAUCGUUGAGUAUGCGUGCUUGUGUAUAUCAGUACAGUGUUACUGCCUCGAAAAAUGAAUUAUUAUAUUGUACUAUGUACUAUACGAAUCAUGCGUGCUAGUGUGAGUGCAUCAUGUAUUCAGUACAUCACAAAAAAAUAAACAUUUUUUCAGUACUUA